GCGCGAACGCACUUCGCGCGGAAUACACUUGGCGAAGUAGCUCCGUGAGAUACAUAUUUUGACAGAUCUUUGGCGAAACACCGUUUCCCGGUUUAAAUUGAUGCUCGAUAUUUUCACAGAAAACCUCGCGGCUAAAGUGAGUAAAAAUACAACCGCGUUUCGCGAGAGAUCCAUUUAACGACCGUGCAAUAAUAUUAUUUAUCACUUCCUUGCGCGUGCUGAAUUACAUCUAAUUAAAAUUUUUACAAGCUUCAUCUCCGCAAUAAAUUCUCGUCUCGGUUGUAUGUGUCUACUCGGUGAGGGAAAAAGCCACGGCGCGGAAGGCGAUAAAAAUGAAAGACGGAAGAUGGAACGAUCGAGUGACACUGAAUGUGGGUGGCGUUAGACACGAGACGUAUAAAGCGACGCUAAGAAAAAUCCCGGCGACCAGAUUAUCGCGGUUGACGGAGGCAUUAGUGAAUUACGAUCCCGUGCUGAAUGAAUAUUUUUACGAUCGGCAUCCGGGCGUAUUCGCCCAAGUGCUUAAUUAUUAUCGCACGGGGAAGCUGCAUUAUCCCACUGAUGUGUGCGGCCCACUUUUCGAGGAGGAGCUGGAGUUUUGGGGCCUCGACUCGAAUCAGGUAGAACCGUGUUGCUGGAGCACGUAUAGCGUUCACCGGGACACGCAAGCCACCCUGGCGAUUCUCGACAAACUCGACAUCGAGGGCGAGAAGCUCGGCGACGAAGAAAUCGCCCGUCUAUUCGGAUUCGAGGAGGAAUAUUACAGCGGGAAUCUAACCAGAUGGCAGAGAUUACGAUCGCGCGUUUGGAUUCUCUUCAACGAGCCGUGCUCGUCCACGACCGCCAAGUGCAUCGCCUGCGCAACGGUGUUCUUCAUUUGUCUGUCGGUUCUUUGUUUCUGCGUGAAGAAUCAAACGCCGAGAUCGCUGACGAAAAGCAAGCACGAAGACACGCGGGACGAUCGCACGGAUAACACGGCUAUCAAUUCUCAUCGGGCGUUUUUUUAUCUGGAACACGCGUGCAACGCCUGGUUCAGCGUCGAGAUAGCGCUUCGCUUUAUCGUAAGCCCCAGCCUGAGGCGUUUCGUCAUGUCGCCGGUCAAUCUGAUCGAUCUGGCGGCAACGAUGAGCUUCUACACGGAAUACCUGGCGAAGCCGAAUCUUUACGUCGAGCUGUUGUCGGUGGCGCGGGUCCUGCGACUGUUCAAACUGACGAGACACUCGCCCGGACUCAGAAUCCUCAUACACACCUUCAAGGCAUCCGCGAAGGAGCUCGGUCUGCUGGUCUUCUUUCUCGUGUUGGGAAUCGUGCUCUUCGCCAGUCUCAUAUUCUAUGCCGAACGCCUUCAGGAAAAUCCCGACAACGAUUUUGACAGCAUACCGCACGGUUUGUGGUGGGCCUUGGUCACCAUGACCACAGUAGGUUACGGCGAUAUGGCACCGAAAACUUUUCCCGGCAUGUUCAUCGGUGCGCUGUGUGCUCUCGCCGGUGUUCUUACUAUCGCGCUUCCGGUUCCGGUCAUUGUCAGCAACUUCUCCAUGUUCUACUCGCACACGCAGGUGCUCGGAAUAUCGUAUUAUCAGGUUUUUUCGAUUAUUCAUUUCACAUAUGUUUAAUUAUUUAUUUCACGUGUUUUUUCAAACGCGAUUUAUCGCUUCGUUACAUAC